UUCCCCCCCUCCCGCCCCCCACCCCUCCCGCCGGGCGCCGCGGCGAUUGACGCCUUAACCGCGCGUCUCUUUCAUCCGGAGGGAGCGAAGGUUGGAGCGUGGAAUGAGCGAUAGCGAUCUAACCCUGACGGCGAUGAUGUCUCACUGUGGAAUUAUCCCGGUGUCUGACUGCGAUGGAGCCGACCGCGCUCAAGUGGAGCUAGCUAGCUAGCUAGCGAGCAAAGCUAGCCACCGGGAUUCACCCCUCAGCUACCCAGGACAACGUCGCCUAAAUGGGUCUGAUAGCGGUUUUAACGCGUGGGGGUUGUUGAAAAAAACCCAAAAAAAACCAACACGUUCCCCUUAUAUUUGGCAAGAAAAGGACUCGCCAUGUCUACCACUCGGAAAAGGGCUACUUUAUUGCAUUAGGUUUGCUGCUUCAACACGUUUAGCCUUUUUGCUAUCUUUGGAUGCUUCCGUGACGAUAUUAAGGCGGAGAGGAUCACGAUGGCCCAGCUGGUGGACGAGGCCGGGAAACUGGGCUGGGUUCUGCUCAAGUCGGUGCUGCGUUUCGUGUUCAUGUUCCUCAACAACUGUGUGGCCAUCCCGUCCUACUGCCUCUGCCUGCUGGUGCUGCAGCCGCUGAGAAUAUGGCAGCGGUUCACUUUCUGGCAGCUGGAAGGAAUGAUGUUUAAAUGGAUGCUGGCCAUGGUGUCGUCCUGGGGUUGGAUUGCAGGUUACACAGUAACGGAGUGGGGUGAUGAUGUGCGGCCCAUCUCUGAAGACGAAGCCAUGGUCAUCGUCAACCAUCAAUCCACGGGAGAUGUGUGCACGCUCAUGAUGUGCCUGCAAGACAAGGGCACGGCGGUACGAAAAAUGAUGUGGUUGAUGGACCAUGUGUUCAAAUACACAAACUUUGGCCUCGUGUCGCUCAUCCACGGGGACUUCUUCAUCAGACAGGGUAAAGCCCACCGAGACAAGCAGUUGAUCUACCUUAAGGAUCACCUAGACAAAUACUACCACAGCCGCGACAGGAAGUGGAUAGUGCUGUUCCCCGAGGGCGGCUUCCUGCGCAAGCGGAGGGAAACCAGCCAAACGUUUGCCAAAAAGCAUUCACUCCCCCACCUGACCCACGUCACGCUGCCUCGCCUCGGAGCCACCCAGGUCAUCCUGAAAACUCUUUCAGCCCAGCAUGAGAACGGCAGCGUGGGCAACGAGAGCGGAACCUCCAACCAGACAGCUAAAAAGCGUAAAGGCCUGCAGUGGGUGAUAGAUGUGACCAUAGCUUAUCCCAAAGCACGGCCCAUGGAUAUUCAGACAUGGAUUUUUGGAUACAGGCCGCCGACAGUCACUCAUGUCCACUACAGGAUGUACCCUAUUAAAGAGGUUCCUGUCAAGGAGGAAGCUCUGACGGCCUGGCUGUAUCAGAGGUUUGUGGAGAAAGAGGAGUUGCUGGCCCACUUCUACGACACAGGUGCGUUCCCACCUCAGGACGGAGAGAGGCAAGCGGCCUCCCGGCAAAUGACCCUCGACCCCGUGUGGCUGUGCGUGGUCCAGUCGUUGGCGUUCGUCUCCGGCCUGGUGUGGUACAGCGCCCUGCAGCACCUCUACUGCUGCCUGUUUUGAGGACGCCGACGAGGCGAGCAGGUAGCGCCCGGGGAUCGGAUGGCCCCUCCCCCCUUUUUCCGCGGAUGAAUGUACAAUAACGGCGAGACUAAAACCGUUCGGGGGAGGGGUUGGAGGGGGGGGGGGCCACGUUUAUGAAUUACAGCCCUCACACAUCACAGCUGUCAUGUUGAUGUUUACACAUACACACGGUCAUACAUUUGAAGUCAAAGACUCAGGACUCCUUCCGUCGUAGUUCCAUAAAGUCAGAGUCCCCCCCCCUCCUUGGCCCACUUUGCACUAACUGCUCCCAACCCCAGGAUGUAUUCCUGAUCGGUAGCUGCCUAGAUUCUAUGAUUUCUCCACCACAGCAGCAGCCAGCACAUUUUCUUUGUGGUUGUUUUUGUCUUGGAGCUGAUAUGGCGGCGACGAUGUUUACACUGGCAGCUCCACGGCAUCCGACUGGAAGGGACGAAGGAGAUGAGGCGCGUGCCGACUAAAAGGCUCUUUUUCAUCCCCCCCGCCCUAGUUUGACACUGAUUUAAGCCAUAUAUGUCCCCGUCAAACAUAUUAGCAUUGGAAAAGAGCGUUUUCUUCACCUUUUCCUCCCCCCUGAUUGAUGUGGUAUUACAAGUUUGAUUUGGCACUAAUCCUCUGUACAUAACAUAACUCCAACAUCUCUCAAAGUCUGUGAAUAAUCCCCACACCACUUUUCUUUUAAUGAUUUGUCAUUUGGUAAACGAGUUGUUGGUUUUUGAGCAGGACGUUUUUAGAGAUCUCCAAACUGUUGUAAGCCUCAGCCAACAUCGUAGGAGACCACAUUCCCAAGACAUGCAGUCAUCCUUGCAUCCCCUGUGGACAAAUGAUGAGCGUUUGGGCCGACGCUUCCAACGCGGCGGAGCUGAAAUUGGGCCAGCGAGGGACAAGGGGUGACGGUACUGCUGCUGUUUUAUUUUUGUUCGGGUUGACUUCUUUGUCAUUUGCUUAGCCAAAUUUUAUUUGAGGAAAAACAUAUUAUUAUUAUUAUUAUUAUUAUUAGAAGUUCAGCAGUUGUUAUUACUAAAAAAAAAAAAAAAAUGCAUUUAAAAUGCAUUAUUUUGUUGCAGGCCUCAAUUCUGUGUCACUGUCAGCAGAAAGUGUGUGAAAUGUUUAAAAAAAAAAAAAAAAAGGGCGGAAAAAGAAAUGCUUCCUAACUUAGCUGGUUUAAAAAAAAAAAAAACAUUUUAAAAAAUGUUGUGUGUCAUUCACUGGCCCUUUUCAGAUGUUUUUUUUAAAUUACAGUGUGUUUCCAAAGAAAGGCAGGGAAGUGAUGUUUUCCUAGAUGUGGUUUUAGGGAAUAAACACAAUAGGAAUUAAAAACAAAUGAUAUUAGAUCUGUCUGUAAUUUUCCCAUUUUGUACUUCUCCUUUCAAUUCCUAGUUACACAGCCAUUUUACAACACAGAAACUUGUGCUGGAAUAAAACAUCAAAUAUCCCAAACUUGUUGUGGUUGUCUUUCACACUUUGACAUUGUAAAUAAAAGCAGGCGUCUUCCAAACGGGACAGUGACUUUUCUGCAAGUUUAAAAGUAUUUCCCUUGGAAACAAGUCUUUUGUAUAUUCUGGGUCGGUUUUCUGCGGCAAAACCGCAAACAAAGUACCAUAUUUUCCGCACUAUUA